AUGUCGAAGCUUAAUUUCAAAGUCGACGAUGCUGAGCUACUGAAGGCCUACGGCAUAUCCUCACUGUCUCCGAAGAAAUGGGAAGUCAUUGACUACGACAACGAUGACACGCUGGCAGGUACCCUGACUGGUGCUAACAAUGCGGAGGGCGAGCCUGAUCCACUUGGUCUGGGUGCGACCAUCGAUGUACGCGAAAUGGACCUGGAUACCAAGACGGCCGUCCUCAUAUCAUCCAAGUCGUUCAACCCGAAAGCGUUUCUGUCUGCCGCACAUCCCAACGCCACCUAUCAAGACCUUGCGGCUGGCAUCUCACAUCUCCGUGCCUCUAUUGACUCUCGCUCGGAGGCCGUUAGGGUGCUUGUUGAGGAGAACUUCAACCGAUUUGUCGCCGUCAAGGCAUCUACAGAUGCAUUAUAUGCCGAAAUGCAGGAGGGCCUGUUGGCAGGACAGACUGAGUUCGCCUCAAGGCCCCUGAAGGAUCACUUAAAGCUUUCCGCACAGAAGGCAGAUCAAGUAUUUCUCCCAGUGCUAGAGAAUGCUCUCAAAGCUCAGAAACUACGCACUACUCUAGGCGUCUUUGAGCGUUCCAAGUUCUUUUUCAGUCUGCCUGGCUCGCUGAUCGAGUCCAUUGAGACGGGCCGUUACGAUGUCGCCAUGCGCGAUUACAAGAAGGGCAAGUUCCUACUCGAGUCCCGCCCAGGCCAAAUCCUCCCGGUAGGAUCGGCAAAGGAUGGGCACAACUUGGAAAUGCAGCAAAGGCGCAUCCUCAAGAAGGUUUGGGGCACCGUAGAGAAAAUCAUGGGUGAAAUGCGCAGUCAACUGCUUGCGAAGCUACAGGAGCCCACACGCAGCGUCGAUGAACAAGAGAAAACAAUAGAAAUCUUGCUUGAACUCAAUCCUUCCGACGACCCGGUCUGGACAUACUUUGAUGCGCAGCAUCAGUAUAUACUUCGGCAUAUGCGGGAAGUCUACGAUGCAGCGGUUAACUCUAUCAAUGGUGAGCGCUCGGUGGAUUUGGAAUGGCUGUGCCAAUUGGCUCAUGGUGCACAAGCUACCCGCGAGAGGGCACAGCCAGAGAUCAGGGGUCCCGAUAUACUGCCCAGAAUCUUGUCUGCACAGCUCCAGACAUGCAUCGCCGCGCUAGAGGCGAAGCAGGCGGAUGCCAUCCUCGCCCAGGCUGCGGGGAACGAGGUCUGGCAGGCUGUCCUUGCGAUGGUCAAGAGUGUGUCCGAGGUGAUGCUGUCCUCCCUCCCCAACUUUUGGAAGAUUGCAAAGGGCUUCCUGGAGGGAAAGUUGAAGAAGCUCUACAUCUUGCUUCUCUCCGAGUUCUUCAUGUUCUCUGAUAGCCGCGUGUCAUCACCGCCCACCGGCGCCGGCGAUGUGACUCCCCCAUUGCUGCCAAUGGAUUCGAACGCGCUUGCGACUGGCCACCAGCUAAUGAGAAUCAUCGGCGAAAUCCAGGACAGCGUCAACGACAUCAAUAGCAUGGAAAUCUCGGGCGAGGCGACGUCUAGCCUUAAGGGUCUCCUGGAGAGUGCGCGGUGGAGAUUUGAAGACAUCCUCAUCCAUGCGUGGAUCAGAGACGCCAACAUCUUCUACUACCUGGAGGACUGGAUAGGGUCCACAGUUGAUCCGUUCACCACUGUGUACCUCUCCAAACUGCGCGUGUUCCAGAAAGAAAUGUCCACAUGCGCGUUCAAGAUUGCCGGCGGAGCUGAUCUCUCAACCUCAUCGACUAUGUUCUCUUCGCGGCCAUCCAAGCGGAAGGCGGUCGCCCUUGAGUAUACAGGAAAAAUCACGAAAGCAUUCCUGGAUUCACUCUUCGCUGUACUUGAUGGACUGGUGCACCUCGCAUCGGAUGAGUCUCCGGCUGUGAUGCUAGUGCAACCGGCCAUCGGUGACAUGUCAGGGGCAACAAGCAACAAUCCCUUGGAGCUCGUGAAUGUACAGGAUGCAGACAACCGGGUACUGCUGGUGGUGGCAAAUAUUGACCGCUUGAAACGCUCGCUCAUACCCAGUAUGGCUGGUGAGCUGGGAACUGCCCUGGGUAUUUCCAUCGAGGAAGAUCAACGUACGUUGAUGACCAUCGUGCAAGAACUCGACAACACUCUAUUUGAGAGUUACAUUAAGCCAAAGGCGGCCGUUCUGAUGGGCAUGAUGCGGGACGGGGUAUUAGAUCCAGAGAUGGAUUGGUACGAGACACCGCAGCCGAGAGGCUGUCUGCUCGCAGAGAUCCGCCCGUAUGUAUACGAAAUCCUGAUGUUCCUUGUGGGAGUGCACGCACAAGUUAGCGCGGUCGCAGCGCCCCUCUUGGAACGUACCCUGAAUGCGCUAGUGGAGGACGUUGCCGAAGAAGCCCUCCGCUGUUUCCGCCAGGUCAAGCGAUUCGGCAUGGGCGGCAUGCUUCGGGCUACGUUAGAAAUCGAGUUUCUACAUCAGACACUCUCGCGUUACGUCACUUCGUCUGCGGACCAGACCCUCUCGGAUCUGUAUACCAAAAUCUCGCAAGCAUAUGCGCGCCGGCCCGGAGACGAAAACCUGCAGACCCAUCUGGACGGCGUGAAGAAGACUCUGGCGGAUACCCGACGAGCCACUGGCAUUGAGUUCCUGUGCUUCAGGCAGACAAAGGAAAAGUCCAGGGAUAAAAGUGCGUCCAAUACGAGGACCAAGGAGAAGACACGGGAGAAGUAA